AUGAAAUUUAAAAAGUGCACAGGAAUUACGUGGUCCCUUUUGGAGCUUGCGGGUCUAAUUGAAGAUGAAGAUUCUCGUGUUCAUUUCGAAAAAUGUAGAAAACAUCUUGGAUUGCAUCCAUUUCACUUAACAAAUCUGAAUGCUGCAUUAAAUGAAAUUUUAAGUUCGAAUUUAAAUUCGUAUGAUAAUGACUUAAAAGGAUUCCUAUUAGCUUACAAGAAUCCUAAAUUACUAACUCCAUUAGGAGAAAUAUUUUACGAUACAUGCUUUAUUCAUGUUGAUAUAGAAGCAGACUUUUAUAUAUUUAGGCCCAAAGUAGGGUAUGCAUUAAAAGGAAUUGUCAACAAAAAGGGAUUAGAUCAUAUAGGGGUUCUCAUACAUAAAACAUUUAAUGUAUCAAUUCCAAAACCAGAUGACGAUGAAAAUUGGUCAGGUGAUAAUCUUGAAAUUGGCCAAGAAGUACGAUUUGUAAUAACUCUUCUUGAUUUUACUGGUAAAUUACCAUUUAUUCGUGGUGUCUUAAAUCAAAGUAACUAUUCCCAUGGGUGUAGAUUAAUGGAAACAAGUAUUAAUAGCAGGAGGCUAUCUUCUGGUGAUAAUAUUCAAAACAAUGUUGAGAACUCAGUUAAUAAAAUUUCAGAAAAAAAGUCUAAGCAUGCUAAGGAACACACAUUUUCUGCCAUUGAUUCUGAAAAUACUUUUGAUGAUGAUAUUCCACAAAUAAAGGAAGAAUAUAUUCCCCAAAAAUCAAAAAAGAAAUUUAAACAAGAGGAACCCAUUGAGGACAAUAAGCAAUGGAAAGAAGACAAAGAACAUAUAAAAAUAAAGAAAGAAAGUAAAGAAUCCAAACCUGAAAUAGUGAAAGUAGAAUGUACAUAUGAUGAGGUUAUAUACAAUGUUUCCAUAAAUUAUGGAUAUGAGAGUAAUGAAGAAUUAGAGACAUCUAUAGUAUCAAAGAGUAAAACCAAAAAGAAAUCCAAAGCUCAAAGUUCUCAAAGUAGCAUAGAUGAAGAUAAUGAAAAGUAUGUAGAACAUUCAUCAAAGCAAAUGUUAAAAAAGCCAUCUACCUCGAAUUUUAAAGGUGAUUGUAAUGAAAUUAAGGUGGAACAGCUUGUGGAAAAUAGCGAUAUAGAACAGGCUACAGAAGAAAGUAUACAUGGAAGUAAAGAUAAAAUAAAUAAAAAAACUUCGAAAAGGAAGAAUUUAAAUGAUAGUAACAAUUCUGCAGCUGAUUUUAGUAUAAAUGAAUGUAUUCCAAUUUCAAAGAGUUCCAGUAAAAAAAGGUUAAAGAAACCUAAAGCAUCGGUUUCAGAAGCUGAAGAAAUACCUGUCAAUGUUAAGACAGAAGAAUUAAAUGGUAUAGACAUUAAUGAAACGAAUAAUGAAAUAGAAGAGUCUCCGAAGAAGCGACACAGAAAGCGUAAAUAUUCUGUUAAAUUGGAUACUUCGGAGAAUGAAGUGGAUGGAAAUAUUAAUGAAAUGUCUGUAAGAAAAUCUAGUAUAUCAGAUUCUGAAUUUAUAUCUCCGAAUAUAAAGAUUAAAAAAGAAAAGGUGACUAGUUCUGAAAAUACUGAAGACGAAAACUACGUGCAAAAAAAUAAUCUAUUAAUAAAAAGGGAUCCCGAAUUAAGCCCAUCUAGUUCUAAUUAUGAAAUAAAAGUAGAGGAUGAAAAUAAUACAAUUAAAAAGAAACGGAAAAAACAUUCAAAGAACGAAAUUACAGGUAUGAGGGAAAUUAAAGUAAAGCCGGACUUUAAAGAUGUCGUAAUUAAAGUAGAAAACCCUGACGAUGGUGACGUAUCUGGAAACGCUUUUUGGGAGGAAGAUAGAAAAAGUUUGUCGAACUUUAAUACACCCCAAAAAAAAUGUAAAACAAAUUUGGAUGACAAUAUCAAUGAUAAUGAAGAAGGUAUAAAAAGUAGCAAAAAGGAUUUGAAAAGGAAAUCAGCUGAUAAAGAAAUGUACAGUGUUAAAGUAAAAGAGGAAGAACUUACGAUAAUUGAUGAAAUGGAUAAUUACAGUAGUUCUAUUAGUCUUCGAAGUCCCGAGAAAUCGAGGAAACGUAAGAGAAGUUCAUCACAAAUGCAGUUAAAUACAUCUCAAUAUGAAGAAAAUACAUCAGACAUUGAACCAAACUUUGAUUUUUGGAAUGUUAAAGUUAAAACUCAAAGAUUUACAGACAGUUAA